AUGUCUAGAGCCAACGAACAGAUAGCCCGGGCCAUGAAGAUGAUGGCCAUGGUUAUGCAACAGCAAAAUGCCUAUUUUGCUAGGAUGGAGGCGGAGAGAGCUGUAGCUGGUGCAGCAAGGCCCACUGGGUCACAAGAGAGCCGGGACCUGGCUGAGUUCUGGAAGUGCCAUCCUCCUCAGUUCAAGGGGGAGGCAGAUCCAGAGGUAGCUGACCACUGGAUUUGCGAGCUUGAGAAGAUCUUCACCGUGCUAGGAUGUUCUCAAGAGAGGAGGCUAGCAUACGCGGUAUACAUUCUUGUUGGAGAAGCCGAGCAUUGGUGGAGGGGUACCCAUCAUAUGCUGACUGCCAGAGGGGUGGUUGUGGACUGGGAGUGCUUCAGAAGGAUGUUCUUGGAGAAGUAUUUCCCUGAGAGUGUGAGACAUGCCAAGGAAGCUGAGUUCAUGCGCUUACACCAAGGAGGGAUGACCGUUUCUGAAUAUGCGAUGAAAUUCGAGCACCUAGCUCCCUUGGUGGAGAAGGCGAAGGUGGUUGAGCGGUUGGAAGGUGGUAACCGCGGGGUGAAGACUGUUGAGGGGCCAUCCAGGCAACCUGCUGGUGCUGCUGGUGGAGGAGGACAGGGUGGAGGUGCUGCCCUGAGAUGUUACAGGUGUGGUGGGUCCCAUAAGAUCAGGGAUUGCCCCCACACAGAGAACCAAUGUUUCAGGUGCCAGCAGAUGGGCCAUGUGUCUUUCAACUGCCCCAACGGAAACAGACCAGAGAGCAAUACACGGAGGAGUGAUGCUUAA